AUGGCGCAGAUAGCUCCAAACCAGAAUCCAUUCCAGCAGCUCAUUUCGGAGUGUGACAAUGACCCAACUCGACUACAAACUCGAUACGAGGUCCACCGAUCUGCAAGAAACGCGCAAUAUAAAGCCACUAUCCUCAGUCCAGAUUUCCCCGGAUGGACCCUCGACGACGUCCUGAGCAAACUGCACGCUCAAGAAACUGGCAAGAAUGAGGGUGAAGAACCAUUCAUCGACCACAGAAACAACCUUGCCUUUUAUGCUCGUCCGCCAAAGCAUAUCCGGGAUCUGGUUGGUGAGAUCCAGCGGAAGUUGCGAAGCGUUGCUCCAUCCAUCUGGUUUACGCCGUCCGAGGGCUUGCACAUGACCACUCUCGAACUAGCCAAUUCGCGAACCCGCUCAGAAUUGGAUACCAUUGUCUCUGAACUGGAAGCAACUGGCACAAUUCCAGAAUUGGUCGAGUAUACAAGCAACCACCGAUCACGCCUGGUCAGGCCUAUUAUCAGCUACGAUACAUCAGCAAUGGCGUUGAGCUUCGUCCCGGCAGCCGGAGAGGGGACCGAUGACAUAGAAAGUGGUGCGUAUAGCUAUCAUCAUCUGCGACGGGACCUAUACGAUCGAGUCGCAGAGACGGGCAUCAAAGUGAUUCCUAGGUAUAUUGCUCCUUCUGCGCAUGUCACAAUUGCACGGUUCAUUAAGCAUAAUGGGUUCUUGCUUGAUCAGGAUGGCCCUGAUGGGAGUCGUGUUGAUCGUGAGCAGUUGAAAGCAUUUAUGGAGAAACUUGAACAAAUCAACAAGGAACUGCAGCAGAAGUACUGGCCUAGUGAGGAUGGUAAUUUUUCCUCAGGCGAAUGGGUUGUCAACGUUCCGAAAACCCGCCGGACGUUCUGCAAGUCCAAGGACUGCCACAAGCACACCCAGCACAAGGUUACCCAGUACAAGGCUGGCAAGGCCUCGCUGUCCGCUCAGGGUAAGCGUCGUUACGACCGGAAGCAGAGCGGUUAUGGUGGUCAGACCAAGCCCAUCUUCCACAAGAAGGCCAAGACUACCAAGAAGAUCGUCCUGCGUCUUGAGUGCACGCAGUGCAAGGCCAAGAAGCAGCUCUCUCUGAAGAGAUGCAAGCACUUCGAGUUGGGUGGUGACAAGAAGACCAAGGGUGCUGCUCUUGUCUUCUAG